AGGCUUUCGUUGGCGAUAAGACAAUGGCCUCUCGUAGUAUUUGCAAAGAAACAUAACCUCUGAUACAGACUUGAACACGACUAGAUGUAAUUAAUGUUAGUUCACCGAUUUUUUACGGGCAAAAGCCGUCAUUCCACACUCAAGCACUCCAAGGUGCUGGUCUACUUCAUAUGUUUAUUUGUAAUUGGGCUCUCGUACCAAUCGCUCGGGUCCAGAGAGUUGUCAAGCCAAUCUCUCACGAUGUCAACCAAUAUUGUCUUCACUAGCGAAACUAAAAUUUGCAUUUAAAAUCCUUCUUUGCAACUAGUCUUUGCAACAAGUAUUGAUAGCUGCUGCCAGUUAUCAACACGAAACGCGACUAACAAAUAAAGAUGCAAAAUUGCAGC